CCUCACCAGGCGACGACGAGCGUACUAGCAGUGGCAGCAAGAAGAAUAUCAAGGACCAGAUCGCGAGUGAGAUAGAAAGGAGUCUCUCAAGAGCUGCAGGAGCAGCAGGAACAACUGAACAAGGGCAAUCAUCUUGUAGAAAGCGAAAACACAAAAAGAGUAGAAGAGGUACUAAGCGAAGUCGGA